UGGGCGGUGCAGAGAGGCAGGCACGGCCUCUGGGCAGCGGCUGUGAUCAGAGUGCGGCUUGGAGGCAGAGGAUUAGACAGAAGCAAGCCUCGUGCCCACUGUCACGCGGAGCCCAGGCCGCCCUGACUACAGGACUAUGCUCCGGUUUAUUUCCAGGGCUCUUGCCUUUUGGAGGAAGGUGGACUCGUCGGAAGCAGAGAGGGCGCAGCAUCAGAGGCUCCUGGAAGGUCACACCAAGUCAAAAACUGUGCAAGGAGUCGUGACAAAGUUCUGUAGUAACUAUGGCUUGAUCGAUGAGUUGAUCUACUUCAGCAGUGAUGUUGUGACUGGCAAUGUGCUCCUGAAAGUUGGGCAAAAGGUUACUGCAGUUGUGGAGGAAAAUGAAACAUCUCAUGGAUUGAAAGCAAUCAAAGUGGAUGCUUUCUGUGAUAAUAGCCACGGUGAUGAACUGCCAGACUCCUGUACUAGAAUCUCACUUGGCUGUAUGAACUCUCUGAUGGAAGGUGUUGAGUUCAUUUAUCACACAGCUUACUUCUCUCUAGAUAUUGUUUGUAAAGAUUUUGAACCUUAUCAGGGUGACCGAGUAGAAGUUGUAUUUUCCAUCCAGCCAGACGCACAAAGCAGAAAGGCCCUCUCAGUGAAGCCUCUGAGACACAAGCACGUGCACAAGGUCUGCAUUACUAGCCUGCAGGGAAGAAAUGGGGUGCUAGAUGAUACUAUCUUUUUCACCCUGGAAUCUCUGAAACUUCCUGAUGACUACGUACCUCGAGUAUCUGACAUGGUCGAUGCAAUCGUGGUGGAGAGUGUUCAGUCCAGCUAUGUUUGGAGAGCAAUUUCUAUGACUCUAGUGAAAAGGGGGUAAUAAGAAAGCAAUGUUUUUAUUCCCUGUGCAUCUUUUCUUCUCUUGGCAGUAAAAGGCUUGGUUUAAAUGUAUUCUGGAAAAAAAAUAGCUUAGUAAACCUCAACAGUUAAUUCAAAGACAACCUUUAAAAUCUUCUGUGGUCUAACUAAAUGGAAUGCAUCUUCUGGAGGGUGUUUAGCAUUUUUCAUUAUUGAUUAAAGACAUUUUCAUCUUCAU